AUGGUGAUGAACAACCACUUUCCAGAAGACUUGUUGUUACAGAUUCUGCUAUGGCUGCCUGUUAUAUCCCUAUCGCGAUUCAAGUGCGUUUGCAAAUCCUGGUACGCCUUCAUUUCAGAUCAAACCUUCAUCUAUAAACACCUCCUCCACACUCAGUCCCCGUCCAACCGGAACAAGAAUACCCUUCUUCUAGUUAAGCGGCGUGAUAAAAUCACCACGAAACUUGUCGUCUCCACACUUUCUUAUGAAACUCUCCAAGUAUCCCUCGCACAGGUACCCUUACCAUCAUCAUAUUCUGGAAUUAUCGACAAGAGAGCACGGAUGUAUAUCGUGGGCUCUUGUAAUGGUCUCGUUUGUCUUCACGAUAGCGGUAGUUGGAAUAAUACUCUUUUAUGGAACCCUGCAACUAAAGAGACAAAGGUUGUCCCCAUAUCAAACAUGCCCCUCCUUUCUGCCGACUAUGAUGUUGUCUCCCUUAACGGCAUCGGAUUUGGUUUUGAUGCCAAAACUCACGAUUACAAGAUAAUCAGCCAUUUCCAUCUCUACGAACCCGACCCUUACUUAGAACAAUACUCCCCGAUAAUCACGUACCGUAGUGAGGUAUAUAGCUUAAGAGCCGAUUCUUGGAGAGAAAUUGACAGCGUCCCUUGUCAUAUUUGGGAUUCUACUAGAGGCAUGAGGACAAACCAGAAUGGGAUGGGUACUUGGUGGGCAUCAGGUGAUAAUGGUAUAAAUUGGGAAGGUAUUUUGUCAUUUGACAUAACCAAGGAGGUAUUCCUAGAAACUCCGCUGCCAGAUGUUAGCGAUAUAGUGUAUCCCUUUGAUAAAUAUCUAGAAUAUUUCUUGUUGAAUGAAUUGGUUGCUCUCGCUAUUUCUUGGAAAGUUAUAGGCGAAGAGGGGUCGCGAAUGUGGUGGGAUAUAUGGUUGUUGCAUGAAUAUGGGGUUACGGAAUCUUGGACAAAGCUGUUCAGGGUUGGCCCUCUUACUGGAGUUUUUCGACCAUUAGAAUAUUGGAUGAAUGACAUCAUAUUCUGGGAAAAAGAUGAUGGACAACUGGCCUUGUAUGACCCCUCAACCAAAGAGAUGACGAAUCUUCAAAUUGAAGGAGAAAGUCUCUCGUUCCAGGUUAUUACUUACAUGGAAAGCCUAGUUUCCAUAAGCGGAGCAAAUGAUAUAGUAUGA